CUGGGGGGCUGGGAUUGGACUUUUAGACUUUAAGAGACUGACUCUGUUGUGUGUCUGCAGACGACAUCAUGGCUCAGCUGGUGGAGUGCGUCCCAAACUUCUCCGAGGGUCGAAACAAAGAGGUGAUCGAUGCAAUCUCAUUGGCUAUCUCCGAGUCCCCCGGCUGCAGCCUAUUGGACGUGGAUGCCGGAGCGUCAACCAACCGGACGGUGUUCACCUUCGUUGGCUCGCCGGCCGCCGUGGUGGAGGGGGCGCUGAAUGCCGCGCGCCUCGCCUUCACCCGCAUCGACAUGGCAACACACUCAGGAGAGCAUCCUCGGACCGGAGCGCUGGACGUCUGUCCUUUCAUCCCUGUCCAGAACGUGUCCAUGGAGGACUGUGUCCGCUGCGCUGAGGCCUUCGGGCAGAGACUGGCGGAGAUGCUACACGUCCCUGUGUACCUGUACGGAGAGGCUGCGCGGAGGGACACACGGAGGAGUCUCCCGUCGGUCCGGGCCGGAGAGUACGAAGCUCUGCCUGACAAGUUGAAGCUCUCUGAUUGGGCCCCUGACUUCGGCCCGGCGGACUUUGUCCCGUCGUGGGGCGCCACGGUAACCGGAGCUCGUAAGUUCCUGAUUGCGUUUAACGUGAACGUGAUCGGGACGAAGGAGCAGGCGCACCGCAUCGCGCUGGAUGUCCGAGAACAAGGACGCGGGAAGACACAGCCGGGGCGUCUCCAGAAGGUCCAGGGGAUGGGCUGGUACCUGGACGAGUCCAACCUGGCGCAGGUGUCCACCAACAUCCUGGACUACGAGGUGACCCCCCUCCACAGGGUGCACGGGGAGAUCUGCAGCAUCGCACAGGACCUGAGGGUCCCCGUGGUGGGGUCCCAGAUCGUGGGGCUCCUCCCUCUCAGAGCCAUCCUGGACUCGGCCGAGUUCUUCAUCCAGAGAGACGGACUCUUCAUCCUGGAGGAGGAGCACAAAGUCCGCCUGGUGAUCAGUGAACUGGGUCUGGACUCCCUCGGUCCCUUUAACCCCAAGGACAGGAUCAUAGAGUGA